CCCCAUUCGUCGGCGCCGCCGCUCCCAACCACAGUGCCCGUCGCCUCCUCCCUCCACCCGGCCGGCUCCAGACCCACCAGCCCUUGGCCCACCCCUCCCCCCGCCGUCACCCCGGGUGCUCGCCGCCAUGGCGCCGCACGGCGACAGGAAGAAGGGGAAGGGCGCGGACCGCCCGGGCAAGCCGGGGCUGGGCCCCAACCGCAAGGAGUUCAAAAACCACCGCAAGGAGGAGGGGGAGAAGGCCGGCGGCGUAGACGAGGAGCAUGAGCAGGAGCAGCAGACGGCGCCGCAUCCGGCGGCCCUGUUCAACGCCGCCGACGACGGCGACUUCCCCAGAGGUGGGCGCAGCCUCCUGAGCAGGGACGAGAUGGCCGAGGCGCGCACGGAGGCGGAGGCGGAGUUCGAGAAGGAGGAGAGGAUGGGGAAGAAGAAGAGGAAAGCCAGCGCCUCCUCGUCGGGAAUCGACGGGGAUGAUGACCUCGGGACCCUCUUCGGCGGGGCUACGGCUACCACUGGGAAGCUCCCACGCUUCGCCAAUCGCAUCACCUUGAAGAAUAUUUCACCAAGCAUGAAGCUUUGGGGUGUUGUAAUCGAAGUUAACCAAAAAGACAUUAUAGUAAGUCUACCUGGCGGAAUGAGAGGGUUUGUUCGCACAGAGGAAGUUUCGGACAUUGCUUUGCAUGGAAAUAGCAAGGAUAAUGAGGGCAGUGUAUGUGCUGAAGUUGUUCAUGUUGGUCAGCUUGUACCUUGUAUGGUUCUCCAAGUAGAUGAUGAUAAGAAAGAAGGAAAAGUACACAAACGGGUUUGGUUAUCAUUGCGGUUGAGCCGGAUGUACAAGGGUCUUUCUCUGGAUGCUAUCCAGGACGGAAUGGUGCUCACUGCUCAAGUGAAAAGCGUUGAGGACCAUGGUUACAUUCUUUAUUUCGGAGUAUCCACAUUUAGUGGAUUUAUGCCAAAAGCUGGCAAAGAAACUGUGAAGAUUGAGAGUGGACAACUCAUACAAUGUGUCGUGAAGGGGAUUGAUAAAACUCGCUCUAUUAUUCACCUUAGUUCUGAUGAAGACUUGAUCUCUAAAUCCAUUAUUAAAGAUCUGAAAGGUCUUUCCAUUGAUCAUCUAAUUCCUGGCAUGAUGAUGAGUGCACGUGUUCAUUCAGUCCUUGAAAAUGGAGUUAUGCUGUCAUUUCUUACUUACUUCACUGGAACGGCCGAUAUUUUUAAUUUGUUGAGCUCCUUCCCUUCUGGUAAUUGGAAAGACGAUUACAGCAAGAAUAAGAAGGUAAAUGCCCGCAUCUUGUUUGUUGAUCCGUCAACAAGAGCAGUUGGGCUUACAUUGAACCAACACUUACUUCGUCUUAAUGUACCCCCUAUUAAUGUUAAAGUUGGAGAAAUUUAUGACAAAUCACGUGUGCUGAGGGUGGAUAAAAAGGCUGGUCUUUUUCUUGAAAUACCUUCUCCAACUCCAUCACCUGGAUUUGUUAGUAUACAUGAUGUAUCAGACAAGGAUGUGAAGAAUGUGGAGAAGAAGUUUAGGGAAGGCAGCUUGACACGUGUCCGUGUGCUUGGAGUGCGACAUCUUGAAGGAGUUGCACUAGGCACCCUAAAAGAAAGUGCUUUUGAAGGUUCUGUUUUCACUCAUGCUGAUGUCAAACCAGGAAUGGUAGUGAGAGCUAAGGUUGUUACUGUUGAGCCUUUUGGCGCUAUUGUGCAGUUUUCGGGUGGUGUGAAAGCACUUUGCCCACUUCCUCACAUGUCUGAGUUAGACCACGUUGUAAAGCCACCGAAGAAAUUUAAGGCUGGAGCUGAACUACUUUUUCGUGUUUUGGGUUGCAAAUCCAAGAGAAUAACAGUGACAUACAAGAAGUCUCUGGUCAAAUCAAAACUUGAAGUGUUGGCCUCGUAUGCUGAUGCCAAGAUUGGUUUAGUGACGCAUGGAUGGAUUACUAAAAUAGAAAAGCAUGGGUGCUUCGUGAGAUUUUACAAUGGAGUUCAGGGUUUUGUUAGCAGAUCUGAACUUGGACUAGAGCCAGGUACCGAAGCUGAAAGUGUUUAUCAUGUUGGACAAGUUGUCAAAUGUAGAAUUGUAAGCGUUGUCCCCACUUCAAGGAAACUAUAUGUUAGUUUUACAAUGUCUUCUCAUAGGGUCAGUCAAGCUGAUACUGCAAAGGUGGGCACCAUUGUCUCUGGUGUUGUUGAACGACUUACUCCUGCAACUGUUGUUGUCAGUGUCAAUGGCUUCUCCAAGGGAUCUAUACUUAAUGAACAGCUGGCAGAUCAUCAUGGCCAAGCUGCUCAGUUGAAGAAUUUGUUGAAGCCUGGCCAUGAGUUCAACCAGCUUUUAGUUCUUGAUACUGAAGGCCAAAAUUUAGUUCUUUCCGCUAAGCACUCACUUAUCAACACCGCAAAUGACAUUCCAUCAGAGAUAUCACAGAUGCAAGCAGGAGCUGUAGUUCAUGGUUACAUUUGCAACAUCAUCGAAGCUGGUUGUUUUGUUCGCUUUCUUGGACAUCUAACUGGUUUCUCUCCCAAGGAUAAAGCGGUUGACAGGCCGAUAGAAAAGCUUUCGGAUGUGUUCUGUGUUGGCCAAUCAGUUCGCAGUCAUGUGCUCAAUGUGAAUGCAGAAUCUGCUCGAGUAAAGCUUUCACUCCAGCAGUCCAUGUGCUCUUCACCUGAUUGUUCAUUUAUUCAAGGAUAUUUUCUUCUGGAUCAGAAGAUUGCGGCAUUGAAAUAUCCAGGUCCUAGUACUUCUCAUGAUUGGGUGAAAUAUUUUGGCAUUGGUAGCUUGGUGAAGGGUGAGGUGGGGGCAGUAGAAGAAUAUGGUGUUAUCCUUAACUUCAAAGACUAUCCAGAUGUUGUUGGUCUAAUUGAACAUCAUCAACUUGGUGGCAGUAGUGUAAAAGUGGGUUCUUCUGUGAAGGGUCUUGUUGUGGAUUUAUCUGAUGGAGUUGUAAAUUUAUCGCUUAAACCUGAACUAGUUGGCAGUGUCAGCAAGGAUGGGAAAAAGAAGAAACGCCACAGAGCCGCGGUUUUGGACUUGGAACUUCGGGAAGAAGUCAAUGCAGUUGUGGAGAUAGUCAAAGACAGCUAUGUGGUUCUUUCUGUCCCUGAGUAUAAUCAUGCUAUAGGCUUUGCACCGUUGAUGGAUUACAACUCACAAUUGCUUCCUCAACAUCACUAUGAUAAUGGACAGUGCAUUAACGUUGUCGUUGGAAGUAUCCCAAGUUCUGAUCCUUCUGGAAGACUUAUCCUUCUGCCUAAAGGAUCAGCCCAGGAUUCUAGUAUCUCUGGUUCUAAAAGGGCUAAGAAGAAAUCAGACUACAAAGUUGGCUCACUUGUUGAAGCAGAGAUUAUUGAUAUCAAGCCGCUUGAGGUUAUUUUGAAAUUUGGUGUCAAUCUUCAUGGAAGGAUUCAUAUUACUGAGGUCUUUGAAGAAGAGUGCAGCGAGCAUCCCUUUAGUAAACUCAAAAUCGGGCAAAAGGUCCAUGCAAGAAUUGUUGCACGAGCUGAACAUUCAGCAAAAUCUGGUAGAAAUUUGAAAUGGGAACUAUCUAUUAGGCCAUCCUUGCUUAAAGCAGACUUGGAAAAAUUAACUCCAUCUGAAGCUGAAUUGAAUCAUUCAAUUAAUGACAUCGUGCGUGCUUAUGUCGUCAAGGUGGAUGGAGAGUGGGUCUGGUUAACUGUAUCCAGAAAGGUUAUGGCUCACUUAUUUAUUCUUGAUAGUUCAGUCGAGCCGAGCGAGCUAAAAGAGUUCCAACAGCGUUAUAGUGUCGGUCAAGCAGUGAAAGGACGCAUUAUUGGGGUGAACAGAGAGAAAAGGUUGUUGAGGCUGAAAGCGCUUGAUAACCAAUGCAUGCCUGAGAAUAUAGAUGACACACAAAAAACAGUAUCUUCUAUUGCUGAACACACGAAGGAAGGGGAUAUCGUUGGUGGACGCAUCCAAAGGGUUCUACCUGGUGUUGGUGGGCUUGUCAUCCAGAUUGGACCUCAUCUUCACGGAAGAGUUCAUUAUACUGAAAUUGUUGAUUCGUGGGUAGCUGAACCCCUAUCUGGAAUCCAUGAAGGUCAAUUUGUAAAGUGCAAGGUCCUGGCUGUAAGCCGCCAAUCUGAAGGAUCUGUCCGAGUUGACCUAUCACUUUGCUCAAGAAAUCUUGAUGAUUUGACAACUUGCACUCCCCGGUUUGAGAAGGUGAACGAUCUGUGCCCCGGUACAGAGGUUAAGGGUUAUGUGAAGAAUGUGAACGCCAAAGGAUGUUUCAUCAUGCUUUCUCGAAUGGUUGAUGCUAGGAUUAUUUUAUCAAAUCUAUCAGAUGAGUAUGUCCAGAAUCCUCAGAAGGAUUUCUCAGUUGGGAUGCUUGUACAGGGAAGGGUAUUGUCUGUGGAAUCACUAUCCGGAAAAGUUGAGGUAUCACUUAGGAAGAGCACUGGUAGCAAAUCACAGAAGUUGGAUGCCAUUAGCUACAGUGAUCUACAUGUUGGGGACAUCGUUGAUGGUCAAGUUAAACGGGUUGAAUCCUAUGGAUUAUUUGUGACAAUCAAGAGCAGCGAACUGGUGGGCUUGUGUCAUAUAUCAGAACUUUCUGAUGAACCAGUUCUUGAUAUCAAUGCUUGCUACAGAGCUGGCGAUAUGGUUAAAGCCAAAAUUUUGAAGAUUGAUCAGGAUCGGCACCGAGUGUCCCUUGGCCUUAAAGAAUCUUACUUCGACUCUGAUAUGACUGAUGAUGAAAAUGACAACGAGAAUGAUGGUGAAAGGGUUCCCAUGGACAUCAGCCGUGCCCCUCAGAUAUCUGGAGGUUUCAACAGCACUUCAUUUCUUCCUGGACCAGAACCCAGGGCUUCUAUUCCCGCACUUCAGGUCACCUUGGACGAAUAUGAAGGUUCUGACCAAGAGGGUGAUCAGAAAGGUCAUGAAAUUGCUAAUGGAAGUGAAUCAAAUGUAAAAAAGAGCGAUAGACGGUUAAAGGAGAAGGCGAGAAAACAAAGGGAAAUAGAAAUCAGUGCCUUGGAGGAAAGGGCUUUACAGAAAGAUACACCACAGACUCCAGAUGAAUUCGAGAAGUUGGUGAGGAGCUCCCCGAAUAGUAGCUUUGUGUGGAUAAAGUAUAUGGCAUUUUUGUUAGACCUUGCAGAUGUCGAGAAAGCACGUUCAGUAGCUGAAAGGGCUUUGAGAACAAUAAACAUUAGAGAGGAGGAGGAGAAACUCAAUGUAUGGGUAGCAUACUUUAACCUUGAAAAUGAAUAUGGGAGUCCACGGGAGGAUGCUGUCAAGAAGAUAUUCCAAAGAGCCUUGCAGUAUUGUGAUCCCAAAAAGGUGCACUUGGCUCUUCUUGGAAUGUACGAGAGGACUAAACAGAAUGAACUGGCAGAUGAACUUUUCGAUAGAAUGACCAAAAGAUUCAAAACUUCGUGCAAGGUCUGGUUGCGCCGCAUUCAGUUUUCUCUCACUCAAGGCAAGGAUGUUGAAUACAUCAAAUCUGUCGUAAACCGAGCGCUUCUUAGUCUGCCACAAAGCAAGCGUAUAAAGUUUCUCACGCAGACUGCUAUCCUGGAGUUCAAGUGUGGGGUGGCCGAGGAAGGGAGAUCCAGAUUUGAGCUGAUCCUAAGGGAGUAUCCGAAAAGAACAGAUAUUUGGAGUGUUUACCUAGACCAGGAAAUUCGACUUGGUGACACGGAAAUUAUACGAGCCUUGUUUGAUAGGGUGACAUGCCUUAGUCUUCCUCCAAAAAAGAUGAAGUUCUUGUUCAAGAAAUACCUACGAUAUGAGAAGGCUCAGGGCGAUGAAGAAAGAAUCGAGCAUGUGAAGCAGAAGGCAAUGGAGUAUGUUGAGAUUUCUAGAGCCUGAUGUGCAAAACCUUGCCAUCGUGCAGGAGUCAUCUGCUUGCUGGGGUAAACUAUCCACGUGAUCUUGGAUGGUGAUCUGCAGCUCACCUUCUUGAAAUGCUGCUAAUCAGAGGUCUGCAUUCCUUCUUAUUUGCGCGAUGUGAUUGUGGCAGAGAAUGUGCCAGUCAGGGCUGCAGCUUUUAUGCACAUGUGCGGUCCGCCAAUUUUGGUGUUGUUACACUUGUGAUGAUAUAUGUUUUGCUAUUAAUAGGGAAGACAGAUGAUUCAAUUUUGUUGCAAACACCUCACACAUCAUUCGUGUUGUUUAGAAAUUGCGAGUGCAGACUGAGUAGAAGUUCUUCGGCUACAAAUGUGUAGUGCUUGGACAUUUGUUCCCUUAGAGACCCGCCAAAGUGCCAAUUCUACUAAGUUUUGACGUCGGAAA